GGCCCACCCUUUAAAAAAAAAAAAAAAACCCGGAUCUAAACUCUGUACCAAAAAGGGGGAAAAGAAUUUCACCAUUGGAGUAGCUUGGAAAUUGAAAUCCCAUUGGAAAAAAAAAAAAAAAGAGAAAUGGAAAAGGAAGCAAAGAAAGAAGGUUUCAGGAAGUAUCUGGAGGCCAAUGGAGUUCUUGAUGCUCUAACCAAAGUUCUUGUGGCACUAUACGAGCAGAAUGACAAACCUUCUUCAGCGCUUGAAUUUGUCCAGCAAAAAUUAGGCGGUCCAACGGUGUCUGAAUAUGAAAAGGUACAAGCUGAGUUGUCGGAUCUGCAAAUUAGAUAUGAUGAACUUCGGAAAGAGCACCAAGAAAGAUGCAGGGAGUUGGAGGAAUUGAAACACACAAAAGUAGAAGCAUCAGCUAAGGAGCCUGAUAUGGGAAAUCCACCUGAUGAAGAACUCAAGAAUACAGUUGUAGUAAAGAGUUAAAAAUGCUUUCUUUUGAACACUGGAGCUGUUGUAUCUCAUUUGUUUGGGAGAAGUUUGUUCUCUAAUGAUGAUUUCUUUGUAAAUAAGGUAUAUCAACCCAAAAAAGAUUGUCUAAACCUUUUCUUUUUCACUUUA